AUGUCUGCCAUAUUUCUCCUCCUCUUCGGUCUCUUUGGUAUAUAUUGCACCUAUCUCGAAGCCAACGGCACUGCCCUAAUCCACGACCUCAUCGCCGCUGGAACACUGCCCAACAGCCAUAUCCCUCUUCGCACGGUGUACACCAGAUUCCAACCCCUGGAUCGAAUCCUCACUCAUAUCGUCGUCUUUCUAUGGCCAGUAACCAACCAACACCCUCUCCUAACACUCCACGCGACGAAUUUCCUAGCCGGCACAAACGCCAUCUGGACACUGCUCUUGAUAGAGGGGUAUAGAAGGGGUAAUGCGAAGACCGCCGCUUCAUAUCCUACAAUAUUCACCCUAGGACAAUACCUUACAUCCCCCGUCGGGAUAUCCAUAUACACUACCCUACAUCUCGCCACGUCAAGAACAAAGAACCCAACGAGGCAUACUCUUGCUGUUCCCAUUACUGUACUUAGGAUUAUACCAGUGGUGACAAUCAUCGGACUCAUCGUCCCAGUUGCCGUUCUUCACUCCGUCUCGGAUGAUAUGAAGCAGAUCUUCAUCGCGGCGUGGCAAUUCUGGCCUGUUUAUGCGUCGAUGGUUAUAUUCUUUGCCUACGCAGUACUAUCCAGAUUCACCAAGGCUUCUGAGACUGAGACUGAGACUGAUACCGAUAUAAUCCAGCUCAUAUACGGCCUCUGCCUGUUCACAACCGCAAUCCCGCAUUUCAGAUAUAUCACUUUCAUAUUCCUACGAGCUGUUUUUACGGGAGAUAUAAGAUUUUUUUAUCUACGGGAUAGGUUCGACUUUGUUUUACAGAGACCGUGGACGAACCCUGUGUCAGUUGAAGAGGGUCUCCAUGUCUUCCUGGAUUGGAGUUAUCUUGUUACAUCUCUUGCUUUCUUGGUUUGGGCGGGGAGUUUAUACCGCAGCUACAGUCGGACAGGAUAUGGGAAGCUUGCAUUGCUUGUUGUAUUGGGUAUACUAGCAGGACCGAUUGCUGCAGCGGUGGUGUUGUUAUGGGAGCGAGAGAUGGUUAUUCUUGGUCAGUCAGAUACCUCUACUCAGUCUUCUGGAGCAAAGAGUGGAAGUGGAAUGGGCAAGUGGGAGAGGGGGUGGAAGGUUCUCAGAUUUGACUGA